UUUGUUUUUCCUUUUAAGCAUUCAAGUAGUGGAAGUAAAGUUAAAACUAGUGGAUUUCAAAAUGGCUUCAUCAGCUAAAGAUGAUUACACAUGUCCUGUGUGUCAGGAUAUCUUCAAGACUCCAGUUAUAUUAUCAUGUGGCCACAGUUUCUGUCAAGAGUGUCUUCAGCAGUGUUGGAGAAGCGAGAAUACUCAGGAGUGUCCCGUCUGCAGGACAAGAUCCUCAAUAGCUGAUCCUCCAGUUAAUCUGGCUUUACAAAACUUGUGUGAGUCGCAUCUGAAAAAGAGAAAUAAGAGACAUUCAUCAAGAUCUGAGGAGAUCUGCAGUUUACACGGUAAGAAACGAAGACUCUACUGUGUAAAGGACAAACAGCCUGUGUGUUUAGUGUGCAGAGAUUCAGAGAAACACCUCAAACACACAUUCAGACCCAUCAGUGAAAUGGUUUCACCAAAGAAGGAGGAGCUCAAUACAGCACUGGAGUCCUUACAAGAACAACUUGGACGUAAAAAAAAGUCCAAAAUGGUGUUUGAGGAAACGGUUAAAUACAUCGAGUAUCAAGCUAGAAGCACAAAGCAUCAGAUUAAACAGCAGUUUGAGAAGCUUCAUCAGUUUCUCCGAGAUGAAGAAGAAGCUACAAUCACUGCACUGAAUGAGGAAGAGGAGCAGAAGAAGCAGAUGAUGAAGGAGAAGCUGGAGGAGAUGAACACACACAUCUCAGCUCUUUCACACACGAUCAAAGACACGGAGGAGAUGCUGAAAGCCAAUGACGUCUGCUUUCUGAAGGAGUUUCCAGUCUCAAUGGAAAGAGUCCAGAUCUCACAGCCGGAUAUACAGAUGCCUUCAGGAGCUUUGAUUGAUGAGCCACGCUAUUCGGGCAACCUGCCGUUCAGAGUCUGGAAGAAGAUGCAGGACAUUGUCCAGUACACUCCUGUCAUCCUGGAUUCAAACACUGCACAUCGAUGGCUCUGCCCGUCUGAUGAUCUGACCAGAAUAAUGUUCAGAGGACACAUGGUAGUGCCAGAUAAUCCAGAGAGAUUUGACCAUUAUUACUGUGUUUUGGGUUCGGAGGGUUUUAACUCAGGAAAGCACACCUGGGAGAUGGAGGUUAAAAAGGGCGGCUUGUGGAGUGUUGGAGUAACGACUGCAUCAAACCAGAGGAAGAAACUUGUUUUCUAUGACUCUAACGUGUGGUGUGUGUGGCAUGAUGCCGAUCAAUACUAUGAAGAGUCUGGUUUUCGUGUUGUUCAGGCUCUUGAGCGAGUGCGAGUUGAUCUGGAUUAUGACAGAGGAACAGUGUCUUUCUCUGAUCCUCUAAAGAGCAAACACAUACACACUUACACAACCACCUUCACUGAUACUGUCUACCCUUUCUUCAGGUGUUAUGACUAUAUCCAGAUCUUACCCUCCAGUCUUCAGUAAACAUGAC